AUGAAUUCCUUCUCCCCCAAAUCGAUUCGACCGGACUUCCUCAAGUCAAAAAACCGCGGCUCUGCAAUCCCAUCAUUGACAAGCGCCGCCGAAAAAGCCACAGGCCCCGAAGCGUUUCGCGAUCACGACGUCACUGCCGCUUUCGGAGAUGCGUGCAAAGAGCAGAACAUGCACCGGUCAUACCCCGUAUUACGGUACGGCACCCAGAGAGGUACAGUGCUGAAUCGCCCAAUCGCUUCCCCCGGCAGUGGCGUUUCGAGCGCAGCACAGCAGCAGCAGCAGCAGCCGCAGCACAGUCAAAGCAAAAAGAAGAACCCGAGAACUGAAAGCAGAGCGGCUGGCGGUACGAAGUACAUCAGUAGCCUGUUCAGCUGCUGCUCUCUCCUCUUUCCGGAGACCCGCCGCCGUCCAACCACUCACCCCCCCUGGCCGCCUCUUUGGGUGCAAAUUGAUCAGUUGAUUCUGCCAGCUGGAUGGAUAGCCGAGGCGGUCUCUGUUUUACCCAGAGGGAAAACCCCCAAAUUCCUCGACUGCAUACCGAGGAGAGAGACAUGGAGAGGCGAACAUGAAGAUGCUCAAGGCCAGACGCCCGCCCACGCCCCUCCCCUCCUCUCAGCCAGAUUCCACCGCCUUCUCGUCCCGUCUAGGGGAGAUGCCAAACGGGACUUGGUCCCAGAUAGUAGCGCCCAAAAAGCCAUCAAAUUCCCAUCUCCCAGCGAAAGAAGCUCGUACGAAUACUUUGUACUAGCCAAGGGGGCGUGUGUCAAGAGGGGGAGGAGGAGGAGGAGGGAGGCAAAAUCACACGCCUCCCCCCCAUGUCCGUCCCGCCGCCUCGACGCACUCCAACGCAACUUUGCCAUGUACAAGUGA